AUGGUUAAAACAUCAUAUUUCCACUUCUUUUUCCUAACCUUGUUAGCUUUAUCUAAUUUAGUGCAUUGUUAUAAACCUAAAAGCCUAAAACCAAUUUCUCAUUAUUUCAAAAUAAACAUAGAAAAAACUACUAGUAGUAGAAGUGUAUCACAAAGGACUUCACCAGUACAUUUUGUGACUCAAAAUUCACUCAAAGAUAGUGAUAAAAUUGAAAAAUUGCCUGGUGAACCUGAAGAUGUAGAUUUUAACCAGUAUUCAGGAUAUGUUACAGUUGAUUCAAGUGCUGGAAGAGCUUUGUUUUAUUAUUUCGUCGAAUCGCCUACACAUUCUGCUUCUAAGCCUCUUGUCUUAUGGCUCAAUGGAGGGCCAGGUUGUUCCUCACUUGGAGGAGGAGCAUUUGGUGAACUUGGUCCAUUUAGAGUUAACAAAGAUGGAACUCUACAGAGGAAUCAAUUUUCAUGGAUUUCUGAGGCCAACAUAAUAUUUCUCGAAUCACCUGCUGGCGUUGGAUUUUCAUAUACAAACACAAGUUCUGACUUCAAUUUUAGCGGAGACAGAACAACAGCUCGUGAUUCUUACACCUUUCUAGUCUAUUGGCUCGAACGAUUUCCAGAAUAUAAACCUAAUGACUUUUACCUUAUUGGAGAGAGCUACGCGGGACAUUACAUCCCUCAACUUGCUCAGCUUAUACUUCUUCACAACAACAACUCAAACGAGACGAUUAGUACUAUAAACUUGAAAGGAAUUGCUAUUGGCAAUGCCUAUGUUGAUUUCGAAGCCAACAUGAAAGGAACAACAGAGUAUUACUGGUCUCAUGCACUAAUUUCAGAGGAAUUAUACAACAAAAUCAUAUUAACCUGCAAUUUUUCUACUCCAUCAUCUGUCUCCAAGAAAUGCAACGCGUAUUUGGAUCAAAUCGAUGAAGAAAUUGGAAAUAUCUUCAUCUACAACGUCUACGCGUCAUUGUGCACCAACAGAUCACCCUCAAGUACCUCAAUAUCGGAUGUUGAUCCGUGCCUUCCGAGUUACAUUCAGUCUUACUUCAACAUACCAGAAGUUCAGAAGGCGAUGCACGCGAAUGUUACAAAUCUUCCUUAUCCAUGGGAAAGUUGCAAUAACACACUUAAUCUCAACUGGAAAGAUAGACCAUUGAGUGUUUUGCCACUUUUACAUCAGUUGAUGAAGAGUGGAUUAAGGAUAUGGCUGUAUAGUGGUGACAUGGAUGUUGUAGUGCCAGUGACAGAUACUAGAUAUGCUAUAAAGAUGUUAAAUUUAUCAGUUAAGACGUCUUGGUACCCUUGGUACUUACAAGGAGAGGUUGGUGGAUAUGUAGAGGAGUAUAAAAACUUGACAUUUGUGACAAUAAGAGGAGCAGGUCAUUUUGUUCCAACAUAUCAACCAAAUCGAGCUUUGGCUUUUUUCUCCCAUUUUCUUAGUGGAAAGCCUCCCCUUAAAAAGUAGUAUAACAACAUUAUUACAAUGGAAGAAUAUAUUAUAUAUAUUUGCCUUUUCUGCACAACAACAAACAAUAUUCUAAAAUAGACGUUACUAAAAGAUCACUAUUUUUCCAUCGAAAUUUAAUAUUUUGAUUGAAUUGGUAAGACGCGUGGAUCAUUUGGGCCUAAGAUCACCCAGUUGGGGGCUGAAAUACUUACGAUUUGUUGGGCUUCUUAAUCACAUACAGGCCUAUGUUUGUUAGCCCAAGGAAUAUAAGAGGGGUUUAACUCUCUUUUUCUAUCUUUUUUUUUUAUGUUUGGUACGUAAGUAAAAUAUAUUAGUAUUAUCUCACGAUAUGCGUAUAUUUUAUUCUCUCUAAAUCUCAUCUGUGAGAUUAAUGUACUAUGUAUUUUGU